UGUACGUAACCUUGGGUGUGAACUCACUUUAUAAUAAGCCGAGAGUUCAGCUUAAUUAUAAGGCGUCGGCGCCAUUUCAGCAGGUACUAUCACUGCCAGGCCCUUCUAACACAAGCAGUGGGUUGUAUUCAAAGACUUUCCCGUCUAGUCCUUAUUCACAGGGAAUUCAAAGUUUCUGCAAACACUCGGCCAGUAUGGUUGCCGGCGCAUUGGAUACUACAGGCUUCCAGCCAACCCAGGAGAGUAUACCCCCUCCAAAUGUGAACUACCAGCAGAAACCAGUCCUCGGUCUUGCCCCCAAUGUACAUCCUCUUAACCCCUUCCCCUUCAUUCUUCGUGCCGCAUCUGUAUACCCAGAUAAACUCGCCAUUGCACACCCUGAUGUGAAACAUCCUGUGUUCUAUACCUAUGCCGUUUGGGCUCAGCGCAUUCAGAACCUGGCGUAUGCUCUCAUACAAGCGGGCAUCCGCCCAGGUGACCGCGUUGCAGUCAUAACACCCAAUGCCCCCUUGAUUGCAGAUGCUCACUUUGGCGUUCUCGCUGCUCGUGCUAUCAUUACGCCCGUAAACACCCGCCUCACACCCCCUGAAGUCUCAUAUAUCCUGGAACACAGUGGAUCCAAGCUCAUCCUCAUUGAUCGAGACUUCACACAUCUCAUUGGGAACACUAAUAUUCCUGUCAUUGUUUGUCAUGACACAGGCAGAGUGGGCGACCCAUACGAAAGCUUCCUUAGUGCAGGUAGAGUAUUCAGCGUAGAAAAGGGGUGGGCUGGCUUGGACGUUGAGCCCGACGAGAACGUUGGUGCAGUGUUGUGCUACACGUCGGGAACUACAGGUCGUCCGAAGGGUGUCCUGACUACGCUGCGCGGCUCUUACUUAGCAGCAAUAGGGAAUGUUGUCGAGGGGCAGAUAAAUCGUGAGUCGACGUACCUGUGGAUUCUUCCAAUGUUCCACGCAGCUGGUUGGACGUACCCAUGGGCAAAUGUCUUCGCAUGCGCGACACAGAUAACUAUGCGAACUGUCGACUACCCGCUUAUCUGGAAGCACCUCCUGAAUUCUGGGGUAACUCACUACUGUGGUGCACCGACUGUUCAGAUCGGAAUUGUGAAUGACCCCGCUGCUAGACCUCUCCCUCGUACUAUAUCUGCGGUUAUUGCAGGGGCUGCACCCACCGCUCAACUCAUUGCCCAGCUCGAGCAAAAGGGAAUCAAACCUGUACAUGUAUACGGGCUGACUGAGACAUACGGACCCAUCACGCGCUGCUAUGAUCAACCACACUGGAAGACGCUUACUAUAGAACAACGCGCAAAGCUGAUGGCUCGCCAAGGUCAAAGCUUCGCCACUGCGCAAGACGCACGCGUAGCGUAUCCUCCACGACACGAAAACGAUGAAGAAAUUCGUGACGUCCCAAAAGACGGACUCACAGUGGGCGAGGUCCUUAUGCGCGGGAACAUUGUCAUGAAGGAGUACUUCCGCGACCCGGAAGCCACGCGCAAGGCUUUCCAGGGUGGCCACUUCCACUCGGGUGAUCUAGCCGUCUGGCAUCCCGAUGGUGUCAUACAGGUCGUUGACAGAAGCAAAGACCUGAUCAUUUCUGGAGGCGAGAAUGCAUCAAGUUUGGCCAUAGAACUAGAGCUUUCGAGCCAUCCACAUGUUUUAGAAGUGACAGUCGUCGCCCGUACACACCCCAAGUGGGGUGAACGUCCCAUGGCUUUCGUCAUUCUUCGUCCAGAGCACAGCUCCACAUGGAAAGACAAUCAUGACGACUUUGCCGCUGAGCUGGUCAGCCACGCUCGGGCCCGUUUGCCUGGCUUUGCGUGCCCAGAAUGGGUGCACAUAGUGGACGAAUUACCCAAAACAUCUACUGGGAAGAUCCUCAAGACGAACCUUCGCAAAAUAGUUGCUAAAUUGUGAUCUUUAUGAUCUAAUAGUGAUAAUUGCGAGGUAUAGUUAAUAGGUAUUUGUACAUACUUAUGCUCGAUUUUGCCAUAUA